CUUCCGGAGUCCUAUCCUAUGCAACAUAUAUGCAUGUCUAACAAGCAGGUACCCAAUGAUGUCCCUAUGAUGAGUGUAGAUGUCGAGGCGCAACCGCUAGAUCCCUCGAGUGGAGAUCGAGAUGCAGUUUCAACAAAAGAAAAAUUGAAAGGAACGCUUCUUUCAAUUUCAUUCUGGAAUAAGAUGUUCAUAAUUGCAUGUGUGAUUGCAGUCUCAUUAGACCCAUUGUUCUUGUACAUUCCAAUCAUAGAUGAAGAAGAAAAGUGCCUUUCAGAAGACAAAGAGUUGAGGACUAUAGCUCUCAUUUUGCGAUCGCUUACUGAUGUCACUUUCGUAGUGAAUAUCAUAUAUCAUGUUUGCAAAGCCAUUAACGCUGCCUACAAAGAACACAAAGGAAAAAAGUCUGAAUUGGCAGCGGUGAUAAUUCCAUUUGCUAAAUUUGUUGCUGGGAAGCUAGCAUGGCGCUCUACGCUAACCAGCAUUUUAGCUGUUUUUCCCAUGCCACAACUGCUUCUAGUAUUUGUCUUCUUCAAAAUGAGAGGCCAUGGAUACUUGCAAGGUAGAAAGAUUCUGAAUGGCUUUCUUCUAGCUCAAUAUCUACCAAGGAUCUAUCGAAUUUACCUAUCAUCUCAGAAACUCAGACAAACUACUGGAAUAUGGGCUAAAGCUCUGUUUAACUUUUUUCUAUAUAUCCUUGCAAGUCAUGUCCUUGGAGCUUUUUGGUAUUUUUCUAUUCAACGAGAAACUUCUUGUUGGCAUUGGGCAUGCGUAUUUAAUAGUACAGAUGUUGAAGAAUGUAUGAGUACCUUAUACUGCGAGGUUCACAAUACUGCUGCAAGAAAUGUCACAUUCCUUAAUCAAUUUUGCUGUAUAAGUGCUGAAGAGAAUGCUAAGGCCCCUUCUGAUUUUGGAAUAUUUUUGGAUUCCCUCAAAAAUGGUAUCACAGGGAAUAUACCUUUCGGAAAGAAGUUAUCUUACUCUUUUUGGUGGGGAUUACGUAAUCUAAGUAAUUUUGGCACAAAUCUCGAAACAAGCACCUAUGUGUGGGAAAAUUGCUUUGCAGUUUUUAUUUCUGUCAUUGGCUUGCUACUAUUUCUAUAUCUCCUUGGAAAUGUACAGAUAUUUAUGUCCAUGGAAAUUCAAAGACGGGAAACUCAAAGAUGGGAAACUCAAAGACGGGAGGAUGAAAGAAACAAGAUACAAUUGAAAGAGAAGUAUUCAGGAUGGAUGGACAGAAAUGAGCUUCCAGACGAUUUGAAGAAAAAAAUUAUGAAGAACAUAGAGCAAAAACUGGAAGAGAACAAAGAUACUGAUCCUAAGAAUCUAAUCUCUAUUCUUCCGACGCAUACCCAAACGUGUCUAAAGCGUUUCCUGGGCUUGAAACUGCUAAAGAAAGUACCGAAGCUUGCAAGGAUGGAUAAACGUGUGUUGAAAAUGUUAUGUGGCUAUCUAAAGCCAGUGAUGCAUGACAAGGGCACCGAGGUUUUACAAAUGGGAGAUCCACUACAUAGCAUGCUACUCAUUACAGAAGGCACAUUAUUGACCUGCAGAACUACCAAUUCCCCGUCAGUGGGCACCCUUGACAAAGGUGACUUUUACGGUGCCGAAGAACUGAUCGAGUGGGUAACACAAAACAAGGAUUUAGACCAGCUUCCCGCCUCUUCCUUCAAUGUGAAAUGCGAUUCGAAAGUAGAAGGCUUUGUUCUCAAGGCCAAGCACUUGAGAAGUGUAGUAUCCAAAAACGAAAAACGGUGGAAAAUUGGCAUUAGCAAGUCAGACCACAGCAUAUACUAGGAUUGUGCGCAGAAACCUGGAGUGAAUCCCCAGUACUAGCAGAGACCUGGAGCAGUUAAUUUGUACCUCUCUCCAUGGCGGCUGGUCUCCCGGAGGCAGUGCUAUGUGAUUUUAGAUCUAGGGUCUUCCUGGUUAUUGUUGUUGAGCAUUUGGGCCUCGGUUUGUUAUUUUCUACUGGGCUUCUAGGCCUAAGACCCUUGCUUCAUUGUGUACAUCUACAUCUACAUUUGUAGUAUGUUUCUA